AUGGAUGACGAAGGCACACAGCCCUCGACAAGUCCUGAUCCAUCUACCACCAGCGCGUCGGCCCUUCAAGGCGAUGCGCCACCAAGGAAGAAGCAAAAGCGCAAUAAACCUACCCUGAGCUGCGAGGAGUGUGUCGAGCGCAAGACCAAGUGCGAUCGCACUCGUCCCCAUUGCUUGGCCUGCAUCAAGCGACAGUCGACAUGUAAAUACUCUGAAAUCGCCAACCUGAUCGCCUCUUCGGCGGACAAGGUUGGCGCCGGUCGCAAUGCGGGUCGGUCCAGGAAAACGAGCGCGAGGCCUUCGUUGCAGCUUGGCAGUGACCCGCAGCCACAUAGCAAGCCGCCUAUUCAGGUUCAUAUCCAGGUGCCACCAACACCAAUCAGAACACAAUAUCGAAGCGUGUCAUUGUCGUCUUCGGGAUCCUCACCAUUCCUGCUAUCCAACAUACCAUAUUCCAAUCAUACGCCUGCACCCUUUUUUGGCCUAGGGACUGAACAUCCUUUUGCCAACUACUGGACGAGUCGUGGCGGCCUUGCCGAGGUUGUCGGCGUACUGCCAGCCAAAGAGCAAGCAGAUAUCCUCGUUGACAAAUACUUUGAUGCUGUUGACCCAGUAUACCCUAUGGUUCACCGUAGGAACUUCUAUGCUGACUAUGAACGUUUCUGGUCAUUGCCACAAGAAGAGAAGCAUACUGCAGACCCCGUGUUAGUAGCUCUACACUUUGUUGUGUAUGCCAUGGGUACGCAAUUCAUUCAUACUACCGACGGUGGCGACAGGGCGCAGAUUGCCGAGUUCUACGUAUCAGCUGCCCAGCAAGCUUUACGGAUAUCAUCAUAUCUUAGUCGAGCUUCAGUGAGAACACUGCAGGCCAUGGUUCUAAUAGGAUACUUCCUAAUGAACGACAAUCAUGCCUCUGAUGCAUGGGCGUUUGGAGGUGUUCUCGUACGGCAAGCAUACGCCAUGGGAUUACAUCGCGAUCCAGAUGUCAUUGCACCCCGAUGUUCAAAGAGUGACAAGCAGCAACGGCGAAAGUUAUGGCAAGCUAUUUAUUUCCAGGACACUUUCCUUACUGUUCUGCUCAAGCUUCCGCCAACCAGUGUGUUUUCAGACAUACAGCCAGAGUCCCUCAGCGAUGAUCUCGAUGACUAUAUACCGAAUGGUGCUUCGAACAACGGCGCCACAGACCCUGUAAUCAACCCCAUGAGCAUCAGCAACAUCGCUUCGAACCAUGAUCUCUAUCCUCCGUAUGAACUCUCGGAUCGGAGAUACAUCCGCUCCAUGUGGCAUAUGGCUAACCUCGUGUCUCGUACUGUCUGCAUACCGCGGUCACUGGCAACGCCCUUGACUACAUCAAUCAAGCAUAAACUUGAGCUUGUCAACGAAUACUUUGCUCUCCACAAAACGUUUCCUGCAGAUCUUACAGCAUCCGACGACGUCACUAUAAGACAUAUGGCAGAAACAAAUCCGCGCGGUCUACGACAGAACUUGUUCUUUCGAAGCAACUUCUGGCACUGCGUCAUGGCGAUACAGGCUGAUGAAAACCCUGCUGAGGGUGUGCCAUGCGACGUUAAAGGUGCGCUGGACGCAGCCAGGAUGGCGUUGCAGUCUUUCUUCCACUUUUGGGAAUACCUCAGGAUCGACGCUAGUGUGUGGUGGGUGUUCCAGCACCGAGCCUUUGAAGAAGCACUUCUCAUGGCACGCAUCCUCGGUCAGCAAGCACAACCGCUGUCACCCACCCACAACGGCCUACCUCCUUCCGCGGACCCAUUACUGAAGGACGCGAAAGACGAUGCGCGAAGAUGUCUUGAUAUACUGGAUCUUGUAGGCAUCGCACCGGAGAUGCAGAAGACCAGGACCGAGGUUCUCAGGACUGCGUUUUCGGACAUACUAUGGUAG